UGGCUCUAUAGCGCAAAGGUGGAUGGAUGUGUAUCAUGUGACUGACUCCUGAAUCAAUAAGGCGAUGGAUUCAAAGGAGGAGGAUGAUGUGAGAGUGAAUGUGAAACAACUUGUGUCAGUAUUUCGUGAGAAAGAAUUGUCAGGAAUGUCUGCUGACUCAAAGUACACGGGCGAAAGAUGGAAGUCACCACAGUGGACCACCAGUGGAAGUGUGAGCAUGAGGUCUGAGAAGUCCAUUGAACCGCCUUUUGUUUUCAAAGACAAACAAUGGAAGUCACCACAGUGGACCACCAGUGGAAGUGUGAGCAUGAGGUCUGAGAAGUCCAUUGAACCGCCUUUUGUUUUCAAAGACAAACAAAAAUGGAGCUCAUAUGGGAUGCCCCAUGCUUGGGGUGGACGUAUAAUGGGUCCUCUUGACCAACCAAGGUUAAAUGACCUAUGCCCCCCAUCUGCUGUGUAUCCAGUGCUAAGAACUGAUCAUAGAGUCCCUGAUGAUGUUAUCCAUAGCAGGGAGAAAGUGGACAGUCCGGAGCCACAGAGGUCUGAGUCUUCCCCUCCAGAGCCCUGUUGGGACUAUGCAGGGUCAGCAGAAUCUAACAUCACAUCUGACACAUCUGAUUAUUCUGGAUCAAGGGAAUCCCAAUAUGAUGAGGAGACAGCUGUGCUUGAUGGCAUACAAGAGGAGGUGAUUUGUGACAUUUGCAGUAAAGCUCCAGCUAUGAAAACCUGCUUGACCUGUAGCAUUUCCUACUGUGAGUAUGAUGUCCGCCCGCACUACAAAGUGAAGGUGCUGCAGAGACACACACUCAUAGAUGUGACUGCCGAAUUUGAGGGUAAACGCUGUCAUCACUACGAAGAGCGUUUAGAUAUCUUCUGCAGGACUGAUCUGAUGCCGAUCUGCAGAAUUUGUGCACAGGGAAGCCACAAAGGACACGACAUCAUCUUGCAGAGGAUGCAACAUGCAGCAGGACGGAUGUGUAGAGCUGAUGAAAACCAGGAUCGUGGACUACCUGAUACAGUGGUGCCCCCUCCUGGUAAGAUCAAGUUCCUGUCAGUCAAGCCAAAUUCUGUGGUCCUGAACUGGGGAUGUCCAACAGGAGUGGAUGGACCUAUGAGCUUCAGAGUGAAGUGGAACUCAUUUAAGAAGAUGGAAGAAUAUAUAGUAAUCAAAGGUUUUCAUAGAAUUGAAAUAAACAACCUUGAAAUAGGACAACAAUAUUUCUUCAGCGUGGCCACGGAAGACAAGGAUGGCAAUCAGAGUGAAUGGGUCAAAGAAUCUGUUUUCACAGCGGUGCCAGCUCCUCGACACCUAACAAAAGAGCAUUCAGAGGCCACAGCUCUGUCCUUGAAAUGGACCAAAGGAGACAAAUUGAAGCAAAUUCCACAUCAAUACCUUAUAACUGUUACAAGUCCAGGGAAAGAACCGCAAGCAAUACACACUGAGGACUGCUACAAGAUGUUCUCUGACUUAGAGCCAGACACAGACUAUACCAUCUCUGUCUUAACCCUGCUCAAUAGUCAUUACAGUGAGCCGGUCUCUACAACUAUACACACAGAUCCACGUCUGAUGGACAUGCUGUCAAAAAUUGGACUUGAAGAUCAAUAUGAAAACAAGCUAACGCCAAACACAGUGCUGGAGAUUGAUCAUGAUGAUACAUCAGAGAGCAAUCUUGAAACUGCAAAGUCACUUCCUGGUGCCUUUUUGAAGAAACUUAUGAUGCUGAAUGCAAAUGCUAGAAGUGUUAAAUGCUUGUCCUGCGACAUGGACUCAGAUAAGAGCAAUGCCAUCAAUCCGCUGGACCUGAUAACAGCAUUGUUUCUGUGUUCAGACAGCUUUUUUCAGCAGGACAUAGUUCAGAAAAUGUCACUCUGCCAGUUUGCUGUCCCACUCUUGCUGCCCAACAGUGAAACAAGAGAAAUCACAAUGAUGCUGUGGGCUAUGCGCGAAAUUGUCCGAACCUUCAGACCUUCCAAAGAGGCAUUCAGAAAGUUGAACUGUGAAGAAAGACUUGUGCACUCUGAUAUUUCUUUGGUGUCAUUUGUCAGGGUGGGGAAGAUGCCCUCAUCCAAGUCCGAGAUGUUAAACAAAGUGCUUAGCAACAAUCAGCAACAAAAUGAAACAUUUUAUCAUCGUGACAUGAUGUGUGGUGAUUUCCCCAGGAGGAUUUCAGAUGGACUGGUUGAAAUCAGCUGGUAUCUUCCAUGUGGGAACAAGAACUUAGACAUAUUCACUGAGCCAGUGGCCAUUGCCAACCUCAGGGGAGACGUCAGGGCUUUUGACAAGCAGUUCUCAUUCCUCUGUGAGACAUCUGCAGCUGUUUACAUCUUCUGUGAUGAAUCAGAAGCUGGUUACUUCAAGAGUCUGGAAGGAAGAGUCGUGAAAGCAAAAGUCUUUUUGAUUAGCAGCAACAAGGGGAAAAACUUUACACUAAAAAGUAUGACUUUGGAACCAAGCCUAAAGACAACUAAUCUGAGUAAGAAGAAGACAGAUGCAGGGCUGAUAACAGUCAUCCAGGAAUCCAUCUCCAAGAUGCUAGAAAACUGCCCAGACAAAGUGCAGCUGGUAAAUCUGGCUGAAAAAGCUCGCUGCAAUGGGAUCCUGGUUGAUGAGCACACUGAUGAAUGUCAGAGUGCCAGGAAGGAUGCGGAUAAAAUCACCAUGCUUAUUGCUAACACCUCCGAAUUCAAAGAUGAACAUCUGCCCAGCCGAGGACACAUCUGGAAAGAGAUUUCAUGGCUGAAAAAUGAGUGGUGGAGACUGCGAAAAGUUGGCAAUCAGAACAUCGAGAACUACCGCGAGUCACUGGAAAAAAAAGAAAAAAAGUUCAGAACAAAACAGCAAAGAUUUGAGAUGACCGCUGCAAUGUCAGACUUCCUUAACGGUGUGGUCACCUCAGAAGUGCAACGCUAUUAUUUCCUCAAAUGGCUUGAAAUAGAUCUAGACAAUCUGUCCCGGCAGCAGCUGUCAGCUCUGCAGGUGCAUUGCAAACAGCAAUAUCUGACAGUUCCCCAAGAAAAAGAACAAAUGGAAGAGAUUGACAAGAAAAUGUAUGCUUGUUCCCUACACCUGGAACACUUUUUCCGAGAGUGUGGGCAGCUGUAUGAAUGUGCGAGUUACCUGCCAGAAUACAGUUGUCAAAGAAAAACCAUUGAGCAACUCCCUGCACUGUGUGCUCAGAUGCUGCUAGAUGGUUUCUCCAUUGAGCUUGUUGAUGGAGAUGCAGCGAACAUCCCAAUGAGGUGGAUCACUGAGGUGCUAACCAAACUGCACAACAUGAUGAAUUCCAGCAGUAAGCUCAAGGUCAUUGCAGUCAUUGGAGCUGAAAACUCAGGAAAAUCCACUCUGCUCAACACCAUGUUUGGAGUCAAAUUUGCCACUAGCAGAGGAAGCUGCAGCAGAGGGGCCUUCAUCCAGCUGAUCAAUGUCAACACUGACGUCAGAGAGGAACUCAAGUGUGACUGCAUCCUGAUCAUUGACACUGAAGGAUUGAAACCACAUCAGACGGCUCAAGAAGAUCACAGCCAUGAGCGUGACCGGGAAGUUGCAAGUCUCGCCGUGGCUCUCAGUGAUGCCACAAUCGUAAGUGUUUCCAGGGACAACUCCAGAGAGGAAGACAUCUUGAAGAUUGUGCUGCACGCCUUCACAAGGCCGAAGGAUGUAGGUAACAAGCCACUGUGUCAUUUUGUGCAUACCAACAUGUCUGACAUGUCUCCUGUAGAGAGGAAGGAAAGAGAUCAGGAGUUAGUAGAACAGCUCAAUGAAAUGAUCCAGAGGGACACCAAUUUGACGAAGGCCAACAUCACUAAGAUCUCAGAUGUUAUGGAGUUUGAUCCAGGCUUUUGCAGCUGGUACCUGCCUGCCGUUUGGAGCGGGACGCCACCGAUGGCUCCUGUCAGUGUUGAAUACAGUGAGACUGUGCAUGCUCUCAAAAAGCAGCUGAUAGGUGACCUCAAAAAGUGUCAAGAAAGAGGUGAUCUUACACAUUUUGCUGGGAGGAUAGAAUGUUUUUGGAAGGGUCUAUGAGAAAUGUAGUCACCUGAGAAAAAAGGCUGGAAACUGAUGUGAAUGCAGAAAGAAAAGGAAGAAGAAGAAUUUAACAGAAGCAAGUUUGGGAAACCCAGGUCAUUUGUAAAUAGAAACAAAGGGAUU